AUGCAGACUGUGACUGCACCCUGCGACGUGAGGGGUCUGGUGUUGGACUUUCUGGCCGCGCACGAAACACAAGAUGAUAUGAAGGACUACCUAGCUCAUCCGGAGUGCAUUGCGCUCGACUGCAUCGCGCUUGGGGUAGAGUUUGAAAAGGACGAAGCCUCGGAUCGCACAUUGGGCAAGGCCACUGCCGUUGCUCGCAAUCUGGAGAAGGAAGAAGGCGAGAUCACCGAUGAUGAAGACGACACGUCUGACGCAUCCCAUGAUCCUCCCGACCAAGUAGGCUUCCUGUACCACGUCAAGCAGAAUAAUGAGUUGAGACUGAACGUCCCGACUCCAGCAUUUACGAUAGCAACAUCGGGCCCUAAGUUGCACGCAGCUCCUAAUGCUGCCAUGUUGUCUACGGCGUCUUCUACUGCGGACAAGCCAAGACGUAACCGAAGUGGGAAGGGUUCCCUCGAGCGUCUCAAGCAGCGCAGGCUUCAGCAACAAAAGGAACAAAAGGAGAAACGGAGGCGGAUCUCUCUGCAAGAGCGCGUUGCAUCUACUGGAACCACUGUCACCAUGCGCUCUUUCAAUAUGAAGACCGACGUCAACGUGACCAAAACGGGAUGGCAAGGCAGAGCCAUCCCUGUACUUUCACGUGAAGACAUCAAAGCACGCUGGUUAGAUGGGAGUAUCAAGGAAGAUGUUUCCAAAUUCCUACCUUUACCCUACACUGGCAAUGGACCUCAGUCCAUAGUCAAGGUAGUGGAUGUCUACAACAGGCUGUUCUUUUAUCGAGGUCACUGGCGCCAGUCAUCUCCUACUGUAGCCUUCACAAAGUGGCACCUAGACAACAAACAGAAGGUUGAUGCACUUCUCAGGGAUGAGCUGUUUAUAUGCUUAAAAUUCCAAAAAUCCUGUUGGUAUAUGUGUAUUGAUGGUGUAUGUGCACCCCAACUCCAGAUUCAACUCAAAGCACAGAUCAUGGCUGGUAAUUUGGGAGGCUGGCAUUGUUGUGGAAAUGCCACCCUGGACCCCAGUUAUCUGGCAUAUGCAGACCUCAAGUUCAUACACACUGAUGGCAGUGUCCCUACUAUUCACAAUUGCAAGGCCAUCCCAGGAGAUGAUUGUGGGAGGGGUUCUAUGGUGUGGUUCAAUAUGGCCACAAUGCUUCAAACAUCAGAGUCUGGGCAUCCUACUUUGAAACAGGCUGCAGAGGCAGGAGCUACUACCACAUUGGAUUAUAAUGUUGAGGUGGAAAGAUUGUUUCCCAAAACUAGCUAACUUUCCUACCAGUACAAUUAUGCUGUCUUGAUUACCUGUGUUAUUGCUAUGGUCCUAGAAGUGGUAUAUGCUGUUCCACAUUUGCAAAUGACAACAUGAGGAACACAACCCUUGUGGCCAAGAGUCAUAAAGUCAGAUCCUACAGUGAGUAUGCUCAAGUUGUCUGGAUUUCUGUCCACUCAUUCCUCUUUCCUUCCAUACCAAGACCAGACAGAGUGUGCAUGUCACAAUAGCAAUAUGGCAAGUCCCCUCCCAACUGCACCACUAAAUGUGAUAUGGCACUAUCAGACUGCAUUCAACAUGUUGAGAACACAGCACACCUAUGGAAGAUCUUGACGAACGAAAGCCGGUCCGACACAGAGGCACACGCACUCUCGAAGUCUGUACAAACCCAAUUCUUGAAGACAGCUGUGCUUGGAAACAUACUUCAGGCCGGUGUUUUCGAUUAGUCUAACUACAAGAACGUGCCAGGACACUCA